AUGCUUCGUCAAGCUUCUCGUUUGUUCGCUACUAAGCGCGUUGCCGCUUUCACUCCCAUGCGUGCUUUGUCUACUAGCAUGCCUCGCUUCUCCUCAGAAAAGUUGACUAUCACUUUGCCUGAAACCUCUUUCGAGAUGUACAACUGUGAGAAGCCUAGCUUGGAUGUUGAAGUCUCCAAGGAAGAAUUGCUCGACAUGUACACCAAGAUGACCACCAUGAGACGUAUGGAAAUGACUGCUGAUGGUCUCUACAAGGCCAAGAAGAUUCGUGGUUUCUGUCACUUAUGUAACGGUCAGGAAGCCGUCUCUGUUGGUAUGGAAGCUGCCAUCACAAACACUGAUCAUGUUAUCACUGCUUACAGAUGUCACGGUUUCACCUACCUUCGUGGUGGCACCAUUGAGAGCAUUUUGGCUGAAUUGAUGGGUCGUAGCACUGGUAUUUCUAAGGGUAAGGGUGGUUCCAUGCACAUGUUUGCUGAAUCCUUCUACGGUGGUAACGGCAUUGUUGGUGCCCAAGUGCCUCUUGGUGCCGGUGUUGCUUUCUCUCAAAAGUACCUCGGAAACCCCUCUGUCACUUUUGCUCUCUAUGGUGAUGGUGCUUCUAACCAAGGUCAAGUAUUUGAAGCUUUCAACAUGGCCAAGCUUUGGGAUCUUCCUUGUGUCUUUGUCUGUGAGAACAACAAAUACGGUAUGGGUACCUCCGAUAAGCGUUCUUCUGCCAACACCGAAUACUUCAAGCGCGGCGAUUACAUUCCUGGUAUCAAGGUAAAUGGUAUGGAUGCUCUUUCCGUUUACAAGGCUUGUCAAUGGGCCAAAGAGUGGACUACCUCUGGUAAGGGUCCUCUUGUCAUGGAAUUAGCUACUUAUCGUUAUGGUGGUCACUCCAUGUCUGAUCCCGGAACCACUUACCGUACUCGUGAGGAAAUUCAACACAUGCGUUCUACCUCUGAUCCCAUCACUGGUAUGAAGCACAUUUUGAUUGAGAAUGGUGUUGCUACUGAGGCCGAUCUUAAGGCUAUUGACAAGGAAGCCCGCAAGGUUGUUGAUGAAGCUCUCAAGAAGGCUGAAGCUGCCCCUGAGCCUCCUCUCUCAUCUUUCCACACUCAUAUUUAUCAAGCUGGUAGUGAACCCUCCAAGGUCGUUCGUGGUCGUGAACCCAACGAGCUUUACUACUAUUAA